CGGAGCGAAUAAAAAGGGAGAAAGAAAAGUGUGAGAAAAUAUUUCAUAAACAGCUUCGUUAAAGGAAAAAAAAGAAAAUAAUAAAAGUAAUAAUAACAAAAGCAACAACAACAAUAUUCACAUAAAAAGAAAAUAUAUAUACUUAUACUUUCUUUGUCGGGCAUCGAACCAAGAAGAGAGAGAGAAAACAGAGCGGGAGAAAGUAAAAGGACUUAAGGGAACACCACACCGAGAAAAAAAAAAAAAAAGUUUAGGCACUUUAUUUGCGUGCCUUCAGGAUAAGAACUGGAGAAAGGGGAUAGUAGUAGGAGCAGUAGUAAAGACGCAACGAAGAGAGGAGAUAUAGAGAUAGGAGGAGGAGGAGGAAGAGGGAAAGUAGCAGUAGUAUGUAGUAGAAGAGGAGGCACGCGGCAGUGUUGAGUGAGACACGCGCUCAUUCCCACCCAAUCUCACCUCACAGACACACCUACUCAGUCCCUCACUCACGUACAGAUCACCACGCGGACUUUACACGCGGACUGAACCCUUACGUAGCCUCAGUUUCUCACAAUACAUCUUCCUGUUCAAGUGAAGUGCAAAGGAUACGAGAUACUCCAGUUUUUUCAAGUUUCUGCAGGGGAUUCGAGACACUUAAGUUUUACCAAGAGACGCCGGGUUCAUAUCACCAUGGUGUCGCGCGUGGUGGUCAAUGCGAUGGUGAUGGUGGUCAUGGCGGUGGUGGCCCGGAGUCAAAGGCCAUUCAAGGACCACUCCAGAUCAUGGGAUAGUGCUUCUAGACCUCCACUGGGCCACUCAGACGCCCAUUUCAUCCACCAGGAAGGACCGAGAUCAUCUUUUAGCCUGAGAACCUUAUCGCCUCACAAGGACAUCAGUUACCCUCCUCCCCCGGCGCUGCAUCCUUCAGGGCCUGUCUCAUUCUCAGGACUCAAGGAGGAGGAUAUUUUUAGACCCAAACCAAGACCGCUUCGUCCUCCACCAUCACGUCACAAACACCACCACAGUAACGCACCACCACACAAACCACACCACAACCCUCCACCGCCACACAAACUCCACAGUCCUCCACGACACAGUAAACCUCACCACAGCCUACCACCACCACAGAAGCCCCACCACAGCUCUCCACCGCACAAGCCUCCCCACCACAGCCCUCCACCACAGCACAGCGAGCUUCCCCACCACAAUGGUCCACCACAAACUCCACACCGCAAGACUCAUGGAGCUAUCUUCACUACCACAGUUCACGAGCAUAAGAAUGAAGGUCCCGGAGGCUGCCAGACUAAGGAGGGGUUUUAUUUCGCCGGACAGACGUGGUUCGUGAAGGGGUGUCGCAGGCGCAAGUGUAUCCAUUUCAGGGGAAAGUUCCUCACCGAGACGGAUUCGUGUGACUCUGAGAUCUUCAACACCACCUACAGAUGCGUCAUUCAGGUGGACACAACAGCUGACUUCCCUCGCUGCUGUCCAACCUACAAAUGCAACCCCGACAACCUGGGGAACUCAGUGUAGCAUAGUCCCGCCCCUCACAGGAAAUAGAGAAAGAAAAGAGCAUGAACGUAGGGGGAACUGCAGGAUGCUUACACGUGGCAGUCCCUGUAUGAUGCUUGUAUCUGUCCAUCUAGUCUCACCUUAAACUCCUCUCAGUUAUUUCAUAUCUCGACUAUUUUGAACAGUUCUUGUGGAUGUUACUGGUUUUCAUGAGUGUUCUAAUGAUGAUAAUGAUAGUUAAACAAGAGUUCUGCAUCAUUAGUUAGAAAAAAGACCCAUGAAAACCCAACUAAUCAUCUCCGUGGUGAGGGAACCAAGCGUUUCAAGACAAGGGCCAAGCCUAUUCCACUCCAGUAUUUCAGUUCAGUUUAGUUUUUUUUUUUCUUCUUCUUUUAUUUAAACAAUACAUGCAGACGUUGUGAUGCUGAUCAUAUCCAGUGGCAGUACAUGCAAUUGAUCCCUUGAAACAUUUAAAAACUCUUAUCUUACUCGCAUUCACCUAUACAUUUUGAGUCUGCCCUUAAAAGUUCUUUCAGUUUUAGUUUCCUUUGGUAAUAGUUUCUGUUACAAUAACAAUCAAGGGUUUAUAAAUUCCUAUUGAUUAGUUAUGUUCGUAAGAAUACAUGCAAUUCUAUGCAAAAUUAUAGAAUAUUAGUAAGCACAUAAGUAAAUAUACGUUGAUUCUCAAAAAAUAAGCCAAACAGUUUUAGCAAGGAUAUAAAUUAAUGUUCAUACCUUUAAUAAUGAAGAAAUGUGAAAUAGAUUAAUUAUCAAUGCUAUUAUUAAGGCGUGUGAAAUGAAAUAUAUUAAUUAAUUAAUCAGUUAAUUAAUUAAGAAUAUAAUUAUGUGUUGUGCGGGAGUGAGAGUGAAGAAAUUGCCAUAUCAUAGUGCUGGGAAAUGAACAAGUUUUUUUUUAUUUAUUUUUAUAACUGCCUGUUGAGCAGCUUUCUAUCUAUCUACUUUGCUUUUAUUUGUUACGCCACAGUGUGUGUGUGUGUGUGUGUGUGUGUGAGCUUAAGAAUUAUAGAUAGCUUAUUUAUAACCCAACGGUAUCUGCAAAGUUGUUAUUUAUUUAGUCAAUCGUUUCCGCCUAUUUCCUACUUUAUUUUUGAUAAUAACAUUUACCUAAGCU